AAUUGAGUGCGAGGUCGAUUUAUUAGAUGCGCUACGUAUGCCAUGCCUGAAUUACCUACCGGUGAUGUGAAUAUCCUAAAGGAGACAAAAUAAUGCGCACAAACGUUGGUUAUCUUGGUAGUGCAGUUAAAAUGUCUAUUCUUCAGGUUCUCGUACCUAAAAUCGAAGUUAUAUUUUAAUGCUAGGUGCAAAAAAUCACAGAGCAAAUGGCCAAGUCAUCCAUCAAACAGUGCGAAGUGAAGUACAAUUUAAAAGUUCCAAAGGGAACAAAAGAUCGGGAUCCCCUCCAAAUGACAAUUCUUGAAGGUGUUUUUAGUACAAUAAUACGGUGUUUCAAGCGUCAUGAUGCGGUCACGAUAGACACCCCUGUUUUUGAGCUCAAGGAAGUGCUAGCUGGAAAGUAUGGCGAAGAAUCUAAACUCAUAUACGAUCUUCAGGAUCAAGGCGGCGAGGCGCUUUCUCUUAGAUAUGAUUUAACCGUAUGUUAGAAUUAUUGUUUAUGAUGCAGUGAAGGUCCCAUUCGCCCGUUAUGUUGCCAUGCAUAAGAUUAAAUCUAUCAAGCGAUAUCAAAUUGGAAAGGUUUAUCGGCGUGAUCAACCGGCUAUGUCGCGCGGUCGUUACCGGGAGUUUUACCAGUGUGAUUUCGAUAUUGCUGGAGAUCAUGGGCUAAUGUUGGCGGAUGCAGAAUGCCUUCGAAUAAUAUACGAAGUGCUUUCAGAAUUGGAUUUAGGCGAUUUUGUCAUAAAGAUCAACCACAGACGUUUGCUUGAUGGAUUGUUUUCGGCUUGUAAUGUGCCAUCGGAUAAGUUUGUUUCAGCUUGUUCCUCAGUUGACAAACUAGACAAGAUUCCUUGGGAAGAUGUCAGACGGGAAUUAUGUGAAGACAGAGGGUUGUCACCUGAAGCUGCAGAUAAAAUUGGUUCGUAUGUUCAGCUAACUGGAGGUUUGGAUCUAGUUGAACGUCUCGAAUCAGACGAGCAUCUUAAUAAUCAAUCAUCAGCUAAAGCCGCUCUUCAGGAAAUGAGAUUAUUAUUAGACUAUUGUAAAGCACUUGGGAUAGAAGAGCGAAUUAGUUUCGAUUUAAGUCUAGCGCGCGGGUUGGAUUACUAUACCGGUGUUAUUUACGAAGCUGUUUUGAAAGGUUUCACUUACAAUCCAAGUAAUUCAGGUGCAGAAUUGACUGGUUCUAAUGAAACUAACUUAAACUCCUUUAUAAAAAAUAAAAAAUCAAGUAAAAAGGAUAAGAAAGCCAAAGAACAGUUAGAGGAGGAUUUUGUUACACCUGGCGAAUCCAUGACUGUUGGUAGUGUAGCUGGUGGUGGCCGUUACGAUGGUUUAGUUGGAAUGUUCGAUUCUUCUGGAACACGAGUUCCGUGUGUCGGUUUUAGUUUUGGUGUUGAACGACUAUUAGCAAUUAAAGAAGCUUUGAGUAAUUCUUCAGAUAAGAAUAAGUGUAACGUGCGACCAACUGAAACUGAAGUCAUGGUUGCUGGAGCUCAUAAGGGUCUUAUUAUGCAACGUUUACAAUGCUGUCAACUCUUAUGGAAUGCAAAGAUUAAGGCUACGAUGUCGCAUAAAAAUCACCCCAAACUUUUGGAUCAACUACAGUAUUGUGAAUCAACUGGUAUUCCUUUGGCCGUUGUUCUAGGAGGAAGUGAACUAGCUCGUAACACUGUCAAGUUGAGAGAUAUUCAAACCCGAGAAGAAUAUGAAGUUUUGUACACAGAUCUUGUGAAUAAGAUCAAAGAAGUACUAUCUACCAAAUACCAUAAAUAAAACUUUGCUACAUAUUGUAUUUGUCUGUAUGUUGUUGCAUCUCAUAAUCUUGUAUCGUUUGACGUAAUUUACCAAUACAAUUUUGUCUCGGAAGUAACUACAAUAAACUUAUUGGGAUUCUAAUUAA